CAUGGGUGAGGCAAGCUGUACAGUUUAAACAAUAAAUUGAUAAUGACCUAAAAAUGAUAAGAUUUUUUUAAUGGUCAUAUCUAGGGCAGCAUCGACAUAUAUGCAUUCUUAAUUUCGUAUAUCUAUAUAUCUCUGUGUGUAAGUGUAUGCAACACAUGUGUGUUCAUAUGGAGAUCAAGGAAGAUAAAGAUUCAAGGUGGUUCAACGUUAAGUAUGUGCCUCAAGAUUACAUAUUCUCCCAUGAAGAUAGGCCACAAAAUCUUGAUGUUCCUGUUUGUGAUUCCUUUCCUGUUAUAGACCUUGGAAUACCUUUUCAGCCAAUUGAAGCAAUCUUGAAGGCUUCUCAAGAAUUUGGUUUCUUUCAGGUGAUCAAUCAUGGAGUUCCGAAGAAGACGAUGAUUGAUGCAAUGAAUGUUCUUAAUGAAUUCUUUAACAUGCCGUACAAAGAAGCAAUAGGGUACGUUCCACAUGCAAAGGGUUGGAUUUACACCAACACCGACCACACAAAAGAUGGCGUGUAUUUAUGGAGGGAAAAUCUCAAGCAUCUUUGUCAUCCAUUGGACAAAUGCAUUCAACUAUGGCCCGACAAACCAACUAGAUAUCAGGAGGUAAUUGCAACUUAUAUACUAGAAAUACAGAAACUGAGUUUGAGGAUUUUGGAGAUGAUCGGUGAAGGGUUAGGACUGGAGGCGGGGUACUUUAAUAAUAUAAGUGAAGUCCAGUUAUUAUCGUCAAAUUUCUACCCGCCAUGUCCAGACCCGAGUCUAACUUUGGGAAUAUUAUCGCACCAAGAUCCUAGCUUCAUAACGUUGGUGUAUCAAGGUAACCAAAUGGAGAUUAUAAGCAAUGGAAAGCUAAGAAGUAUUGAUCACAGAGUAGUGACUAGCAUGCACAAAACUAGAAGCAGCAUUGCGACUUUUGUGAACCCAUCUCUCGAUUGUGUCGUUGAACCUGCAAAGGUUUUGGUAAACGAAGCAAAACCAUCAAACUACAAAGCCAUUCAAUAUAAAGAAUAUGUUCGACGCAACAAUGCAUUUGGCGACUACACCUCCGCGUUACAAAAUGUUACAAUUUUGGAAAGUUGAUCAAUAGUUGUUUGAAGUUACAAGUAUAUGUAUUAAGUUGGACUUUGUAAUAGCACUUGUCCUUUUACUGAACUCUCAACAAAAGUUUGCUUGAAUUGUUGUAUCAAAUGUUUACAUGGUAUACGAAAAGAUCAAGUCGAGCGAGGAAC